AUGACGUCCUGGUUGCCGAGACACGGUAACUACCUCUUCUUGCUGCCCUGGAUCGCGUUUGUGCCCUGGUACGGCAUGCUCGUAGCAAUGCUCGCUUGCUGGGCCGGGCAGGGACAUCCGAUAUACUGGUUCAUGCACCAGGAACAGUUCCCUCUGUACAUAUCGGAUAUCGGCGCCACCAACCUUAGACCGCUCUUUAUAUCGUGUGCUGGGUGGCAGGGGCUUGGUUACUUCCUGUGCCUCAUUGCGGACUACUACCAGCGUGGUGGGGGGCCCCAUUGGAUCCAUAGGGGGAGCCCGAGGGAGGGUCGCAGGAUGCCCGCGUGGUUUGGCCCACAUGAGGGGAAUUUGCUCAUCGCGGCGGCGUUUAUUGGUGGCGGCGGGGAGAUUGGACUGCUCAUGUGUUCGAUCUUCUCCACGGCAUUGUACCAUCGGGUUCAUAUCUCCAUGGUGGGGGUGUUUGUCGCUCUGAUGUUCAUCUCAGUGUGUUGCCACUCGGCGGCGUACUUCCUCAUGGGGAAACACUACGCGUUGGUACACCCAUUGGCAGCGGAUACUACCCAGCCGACGUUCGAUGAGUUGCGGUGGAAUCAAUGGACGGGACACGUUUGGAACAAAUUCACAAUCUCUGCAACGGCAAAGAUGGUCUGGCUCACGCUAGCGGUCAUCUGGGCAAUCUGUUUCGGCGCCAUCGAGGAUAACUCCAAGAGUGCAUGCUUCGAGUGGCUCCUAGCGUUCUGGUUCGGCGUUCUCUUCAUCAUCCUAUCCAUUGAUUUCUACCUCGGUGCAAACUACAGAUACUCGAAAUACUUUAGUACAAUCCCUCAUAGCAAACUCGCACAGUACGAGGCUCUCAGUAGUAUGCUCCCGCAGGGGACUGACGCAGAAGAUGGGGAGAAGUCGCUAUCGGCGUCGUCCUUAGGUGGGGGGUGCUCCUCAGCAACACAGGUCUGA